CUUUUCCUUUCUUCUCUCUCUGCUACUGUUUUAUUCUGUAGAAAUAUAUAUGCGUCGUUGUUUUAAUGGUGGUGACUCUUCAGUACUCGACGGUAUACCGUAUAUAAACGUAAACCCGUUUCAUAUCUUUCCCAUUUCCUUCUCUCCUUCUCCUUCUCUCCUUCUUUGCAUGCUCCACCAAACUCCCUCUCUCAAAAUCUCCAAACCCAAAUGAAAUGAAAUUCAAAUGCAAUUGAAUUUCAAACCACCUCCUUCCCUAUUCCAAUCUCUCCUCCUCCUCCUCCGUCUCUGGCAAUCUCGUCCCUUCAUUGGGUUUUUCGGCGCAUAGAUUCCUGAUGUGGGUCUUUGGAUUUCAUCAGAUUGGUAUCUGAUUUUCUCUGCUUUUCUUCAAGAACUUUGGAAAUUUUGCCGAAAAUAGAGGAAAAAGAUGAAGCUAGAAAAGCAAGAUGAAGAUGAGUUUGAGAUGCUGUUGGGUGAGAUCCCUCAUGCAACAUCUAUCCCUCCCCUUCAUCAUCAGCACCAUCUGCAUCAGCAUGUGCAUGGCCACCAUGGCCAUGGUCAUGGUGAGCAUGCCCAUUCCAGGCAUGGACAUGGCCACAGUUCUGGUCAGACAAUUCUCUGCAUGUAUGAUGAUGACCCGUCAUGCCAUGGUCAUGUAUGUGCCUCUUCUCCUUUGAGUGGAACCUCACUUAGCUCCGAAGGCUCCUCCUCGAGCUCACUCUCCAGCGGGCCGUCCCCAGAUGAUGACGGAUCACCUCCACCGCCAUUCGAAUACCAAAUGCCGGCGAGAAAAACCCACUAUCCAGAGGGGUUUUCUAAUCUGGCGGAAUCGGAAUUGCCUGGCCCGCUGAUUGGGAAGAACGUCGGUGGGAGCUUGAUGGGUGAAUUGAGUUUGUCUGACAAACUCCGUACAAUGCAUAUUGGGGAGAAGAAGCAAGAAUCUAUUACAUUCCAUCCGUAUGGGUUUCAGUUCGAUGAUCAGCCCUCAGUCGGGCUUAACCAUGGCAAUGUCAUGGGGAAUGGCCCCUUUGAAGAUUGUAAGAAUGGUUUUUCUAAUGAUUUGGGGGCGUUUGGAUGUGCUGGUCUACCGAAUUCUGCUUUACUUGAUGAGGAGAGGAGGCUUUUGAUGUUGGGACUGCAGCAUCAAUAUCAUAUGGGUAAUUUAUCUGGGCCUCAUGCCUCUCCUCAUCGAUCGAGUGGCCUGUUUUCGUAUCCGGGUCAAUUUGCUGACUCGAUGGAUUUUCUGUGGAAGCAAUUCAAGGAUCCUAGUGACGAGACAAUGAGUAAUAUGCAGUUCCGUGCCGAAGCUGGUAUGAACUGUUACCAUAGGGGAAUUCGGAUGCCGCACAUGGUCCCCUCUAUCAACAGGCCUUCCAUUACUGAUGGGUUUUUCCAAUCGCAGCAAAAUGGAACUGAUUUUAGUGGAGACUGGGGAAGGUUGAAUUUGUUAAGCUCCCCUCACGUGGCACUCCCGAAGCUGCCUUCUGGUAUCGGGAAUCCGCCACUAUAUCAUACCUUGCCAAUGUUCAGUGAUAGGAGCAGAACGUCCCCAAAUGGUUGGACUCCUCAGUCUCCUUCUCCAAUGGGUGGUGGCCAUAAUUUUGAGGCUUUUACUUGUGAGGAUAGUCUCAUUAUACAGGGGAAGGAUUUUAAUUUUGUGAUAAAUGGUAGACGAAAUCCUUUGAGGGAGCACAGAAGGGGGCCCAACAAUGACACUGGUAGAGGGCACUCAAGUGAAAGAAAUUCCGAGAUAGAUAGUCGGUCGCAUGUUGUUGGAGUGGCUUCUGUGAAUCCUGAUAAAGUCUGCAGCCCAAGAAUGUAUUGCCCUUCACUUCUGCCCCCAAAAUAUAAUUCGUUGAUGGAAGUUAAAGGGUAUAUUUACUAUAUUGCAAAAGAUCAGCAUGGUUGUCGAUUCUUGCAACGGAAAUUCGAUGAAGGGGCUCCCCAGGAUGUGCAAAUGAUUUUUAAUGAGAUUAUUGAUCAUGUGGUUGAGUUGAUGAUGAACCCAUUUGGGAAUUAUCUCAUGCAAAAGUUGUUGGAUGUGUGCACAGAAGAGCAGAAGAUGCAGAUUCUCCUCGUUGUAACGGGAGAACCUGGCGAGCUUGUUAGGAUUUCGUUGAACACACAUGGCACUCGUGCAGUACAGAAGUUGAUAGAAACUCUAAAAACCCGGGAGCAAACCUCUCUAGUUAUCUCAGCCCUUGAACCAGGGUUCCUUGAUCUCAUAAAGGACCUGAAUGGUAAUCAUGUGGUCCAACGUUGCUUGCAAUGCCUUAGUAAUGAAGAUAAUGAGUUCAUUUUUUAUGCUGCUGCAAAGUACUGUGUUGAUAUUGCAACUCAUCGACAUGGGUGUUGUGUUUUACAACGCUGCAUCGCUCAUUCGACUGGAGAACAUAGAGAGAACUUGGUCGCAGAAAUUUCUGCUAAUGGACUUCUCCUUGCUCAAGAUGCUUUCGGGAAUUAUGUCAUUCAAUAUAUCUUAGAGCUGAAGCUCCCAUCGGCAACUGCAAAUUUAAUUUCUCAAUUCGAAGGAAAUUAUGUACACCUUUCGACACAGAAAUUCAGCAGUAAUGUUGUGGAGAAAUGUCUGAAGUUUUUUGGAGAAGAGAGCCGGUCGAGAAUCAUUCACGAACUGCUGUCCACGUCUCGCUUUGAGCAGUUACUGCAAGACCCAUAUGCAAACUAUGUUAUUCAAUCCGCUCUAUUAGUUUCCAAGGGCCCUCUUCAUGCUUCCUUGGUCGAAGUGAUUCGACCUCAUGCAGCAGUCCUACGUACCAGCCCUUAUUGCAAGCGGAUUUUCUCACGGAGCCUCCUGAGGAAGUGAUGUACAUUUGCCCUGGUAAGAAGCGUGUUGUUGUUUUCCCAUCACUACGAGCAUACUCUACUGUAGUCACCGGUUUUAGAAUUUCAGAUGUAAGAGUCUGUUGAUCUGUGAAAGGAACUAAGGUAACCCGGCAUGCCUCUUAUUUUAGUGUACAAAUAAGCAAUUUUGCUUGCUGAUGCUUUAACUAUGUGAAGCAUCUUCCCGUCGUCAUUGUAUUAUUCUGGAGUCUUGUUGGUUAUCAGGAGACUGAUUAUCUUUCAUAUGUGAAAGAGGUCACUGUAUGUUUUGUACAGUGUAAGAAUAAUAGAAUUUCUUUUUAACUGCUAA